AUGGUUGAUGUGCAAUUUUCAUUUCGGGAGGAGAGCGGCAGCUCUGAUUUUGCAUUCCCCUCCCCUCCCGGCCAGCCGCCGCCGCCAGCCGCGAUGCUCCAUCUCCAGAAACAGCUCCUCCGCCUCCGCGGCUCCAUCACCCCAGCACUCUUAUCUCUCCACCGCGUCCUCUUCUCAACCGCCGUUGCCGUCGACGCCGCCUCGCGCGGCCAGUUCUCCGCCGUGGACUACCUCGUCAACAACUGCGGCCUCACACCAGAGCAGGCCGUGAAGGCCGCCAGGUACAUAUCCCACUGGAAGUCCCCCUCGAAGGGCGACGCCGUCCUCGCCUUCCUCGCCGGUCCCGACCUCGGCCUCUCCAAGGCCGACAUCUCCCACGUCCUGGUCUCCGACCCGCGCGUCCUCAACUGCCGCAUCGACAGAACCCUCAAGCCCCGCUUGGACGGGUUCCGCGCGCACGGCCUCUCCGGCGCCCAGAUUCGGAGCUUGCUCCUCUCCUCCCCCUGCAGCUUCCGCUCCUGCAACAUCCACGAGAUUCUCGGCUUCUGGAUACCCUUCCUGGGGUCGACGGAGGAGCUCAUCCGCCACGCCAAGCGCAGCGACUACCUCCUCAAGGCGAAUAUCAACAAGGUGGUCAAACCCAACAUCGCGCUGCUACGGGAGUGUGGGCUAAGCGACUAUGAGAUUGCCAGGAUGUGCGUGCCCAACUCGAGGCUGCUCACCAGUAACCCCGAGAGGCUCAAGGUCAUUCUCGCUCGCGCAGAUAAGCUCGGUGUGCCGCGACAUUGUCUUAUGUUCAAGCAGGCGGUUACCACCGCAAUGGCUCUCCACACGGAAACCAUGGCCUCCAAGCUCAAGUCCCUGGGCGAGAUUAUGGGGUGGUCGCCGGACGAGGUGGCCAAGGUGGUGAGGAUUAACCCAGUGUUGCUGAGGUACUCUGAGGAGAGGCUUCGCCGUGUGUCGAAGUUCCUGAUGAUGGUGGCCGGCCUCAAUUCCAAGUACAUCCUGAGCAAGCCUACGGUCUUAAUGUACAGCCUGGAGCGCCGGCUGGUACCCCGGUAUUAUGUAAUGAAGGUGCUACAGGAGAAAGGAUUGCCGCGGCCUAAGAGCUUCUACACAUUGCUUCCAAUUAAAGACGAGUUAUUUCGACUCAGGUAUAUACAGCCUCAUAAGGGUGUUCUUCCAGGCCUAGCUGAUGCAUACACAGCUGCUUGCAAUGGGGAACUGCCUGAGGCACGCUAUGAAUGA